UCGGUCGGAUCCGAGCCCCGCCAGCACCAACCAUCCCGCGAGAGAACCCCACUGCCGCGGCCGGAAAUCUCAUCAGCCAGUUCAGCUAUCUAGCUCGUCGUUCUCGCCGGGGCGGUGAUCCGAUAGCUCCCGCCAUGGCCUCCUGGCUCAAGGUCGCCGAAGACUUGCUCGAAGUUGUCGACCGGAGGGCGAAAAGCGUGGCUACCGAGUUGUCCGAUGAGCAGCCUAGUUCUCAGCCCUCAGGAUCGAGUGGCCAAGAAGGGCAAGCGAAGAGGGGAAAGUCGAGUGAGAAGGGUCCAUUGAAGCUCACUACUGUGGAUGCCAGCAAGAAGACAGUGGCUCAGAAGGAAAGGAAAAACAGGCAACCACCUCGGGAGAGGAUUAAGAUUGAGAAGAUCAAACCUUCGCCCGGUGGAGAUUCAUCCAAUGUUGUUGCUAUUGCUAGUGCCAGUGAACCUGAAGUCAUUUCCAUUGAUUUUAAGGGAGCAAAUGAUGAGGGUACAUCAGACAAAGCAGAGAACACCACUGUUGACCUUAAAAAUGAUAGAGGUGUGAAUGCUAUCGAUGGUGUGGUUGAAGUCCAGUCGUUGGAGAAAAACCCUGAGGAUGCAGGUCCUGUCAUGGAUGGUGUCGCAGAUUCUGGACAUUUGGAGAGUGCUUCCGAAAGCUCUGUUCCUUCAGUUCCGGAUGAAAAAAGUGAGCCCAGCAGCAGUAACCAGGCUACUGAGAUUGCUCCAGCAGUCAGUUUGGACGAGAAAGACAUGUCUGUGGCUGUUAUCCAGGAGAGAAAUAUCUCUGAGAUACCCGAUAUACAAGGUUCUGGCAAAUUACAAGAAUCAAUGAAGGAUAAUUUGUCAGGUUCACCAGAAAUCAUAGAAAAUCAACAGGAAGAUAAGUCCGAUUCAGUUCCUGUGAAAGAUCAAGACCAGCUUGAGGAGGCUCAGGGAUUAUUAAAGAGUGCUGCAAAAACUGGCCAAUCAAAAGAAGCUAGAUUAGCUCGGGUCUGCGCUGGACUUUCAUCCCGUCUCCAGGAAUAUAAAUCUGAGAAUGCGCAGCUAGAGGAACUUCUUGUUCACGAGAGAGAGAAAUGUAGCUCAUAUGAAGCUCAUAUAAAGCAACUACAGCAAGAACUAUCAGUGUCCAAAGUACAAGGUUCACGAGUUGAAUCUAACAUGGUUGAUGCUUUGACGGCAAAAAACUCAGAGAUUGAGUUUCUAGCUAAAUCACUGGAUUCCUGGAAGAAAAAAGCGGCAGCUUCAGAAGAAAUGCUCGCAUCUUUACAGGAAGAUAUGGAUGGCCUCAAGAGGAACCGUGAGCUUACUGAAACCAGGAUCAUCCAGGCUUUACGAGAGGAACUUGCUACCGUAGAGCGCAGGGCUGAAGAGGAGCGGAUUUCACAUAAUGCUACCAAGAUGGCAGCUGUUGAGAGAGAAGUAGAAUUGGAGCAUCGGGCUGUUGAAGCAUCAAAUGCUCUUGCUAGAAUCCAGAGGGCUGCUGAUCAAAGCUCAUCAAGAGCAAUGGAAUUUGAGCACAAAGUAGCUGUGCUUGAGGUUGAAUGUGCAUCGCUGCACCAAGAACUACAGGAGAUGGAAGCUCGUAAUCGUCGUGCCCAGAAAAAGCCUUCUGAAGAAGCUAAUCAAGUUCUUCAGAUUCAGGCAUGGCAGGAGGAAGUGGAGCGUGCACGCCAAAGCCAAAGAGAGGCAGAAAGCAACAUAUCUUCUUUGGAGGCUGAGUUACAGAAGAUGAGAGUUGAAAUGGCUGGAAUGAGAAGAGACGCGGAGCAUUAUUCUAGACAGGAGCAUGUUGAGCUAGAGAAGAGAUACCGUGAGCUUACUGACUUGCUGUACCAUAAACAAACACAAUUAGAAUCCAUGGCCAGUGAAAAAGGUGCAUUAGAGUUCCAACUGGAGAAAUCAUUAAAGCAAUUUCAUGAAGUGCAGGUAGAAGCAGAAAGGAGCAGGGUUUCUCGCAGAUCAGCAUCGUCUUGGGAAGAAGAUACUGAUAUCAAUGCGCUAGAGCCUCUUCCUCUACAUCAUCGACACAUGGCAACGGCAAAUCAGCAGUUACAAAAGGCUGCAAAGUUCCUAGAUUCAGGAGCUGUGCGUGCUACUAGAUUUCUGUGGCGGCAUCCUGUUGCCCGAGUCACCCUUCUAUUUUAUCUGGUGUUUGUGCAUUUGUUCUUGAUGUACUUGAUGCAGCGCCUGCAGGACUUCGCGGCGAGAGAAAGUGCGGCAUCAUCCAUUGGGGAGCUGACCAACGUGAACUUGCCAUAGGCUUUGUGGUCUCCUUGGCUCUCAGAGAAUUAGGCAUUGCUUGAUUGUAGCUCUACACGGCCCAGUUUGGACCAAUGGAUUUGCCCCCAGCUCCUACCGGAGUUUAGUGGUCUCCUGCAAAAUCCCAGCGUUCCAAAUAAGCCAUUAAGUGUUAUUGGUUUGAUGCAGCGUUAACCCGCCCACCAUUUUUUCUCCUCCUCCACACCCCCCCCCCCCCCCCCCCCCGUUUUGUAAAGUAAUGUUCUUUAUUUGGCCAUGGGUUAUAUAUCAAAUAUACAUAUUCUUUCAUACUUCAUAUUGAUCACAAAUGUAGCAGCUCGUGUAGUCGUUUUGACAGCAUGACCAAAUAAUGGACAUCAUGCACACAAGUCAAGAGUCACUUGAGCCCAUUCUUGUACUCUUAAACAAACUGUUGGGGAUCGAUGGAGCAAAUUACUUUAUUAAUAUGAAAUGUGGAAAAUCAUGACACUUGAGUUUGUA